AUGGCGAAAUCGGUCGAUUCGGUCCGCUUGAACCUACAAUCGGUCCGUACGGGUCGAGCCUCGGCCCAAAUUUUGGAUCGCGUCAAGGUGGAUUACUACGGCGUCGAAACGCCGCUUAACCAAAUGGCCACGAUCAGUGUUCCAUCUGCCCAGCAACUGUCCAUUGAUCCUUACGAUAAAACUUCUUUGAACAAUAUUGAGACUGCUAUUGUGGAAUCAGACUUGGGAUUGACUACAAACAACGAUGGAUCCAUCAUCCGCAUCAACAUUCCUUCCAUGACAGAAGAUCGGCGUAAGGAGAUGCUAAAGCUCUGCAAGUCCAUUGGGGAAGAAGGAAAGGUUGCGGUUCGGAAUAUUCGACGGGAUGGUCUAGACACCAUCAAAAAAAUGGAGAAAAGCAGUGAUAUUGGCGAGGACGAAAUGAAGGAUGGUCAAGACACCAUGCAAAAGCUCACCGAUAAGAAUGUCAAAGAAAUUGAUGAAGUUGUCGGUGCUAAAGAGAAGGAAGUCAUGAAGGUUUAG